AUGGAAGCAAAUUCAGAUUACCAGAGUGACAGGGAGCAUAGUCCCCUUUUCGGAGGAGAAUAUGAAGUCACUUCAAAUUUAUUUCAGGAGACUAUUGAGACAAAUUCUCUUCCAAACAAACCCUCCCCUUCUAUCACUCUCUCUGGUCUCAAUGACACCUCUCCAGCAGUCUUAUCCUCAUUACCAUCGACACAUCUUGAAGAGUCUUCAUUAGAACCCUCUGUAGCCCCACAGUCACCGAUUGCUCUCACUGAGGCUACUAACCAUUGUCCAGAUGUUCUAAGGCUUUGCACUGGAGCUACAACCCCUCCAUUUCUGUCAUGUAUCUCGGAAUCUCAAAAAAACGAAAUUUCUAGGAUAAUUUAUGAUAGAAAUGGUGAUUACGACUGUAAAUCUACCAAUAUGUCAUCUAUUUUAAUAAAUAGCACAAUUGAUCAAAAAGUAUCAUCGGAUUCAGAAGCUCAUGUCUCUCUGGGAGAGCCGGUCUUAUUGAACCUUAAUCCUAGGCUCGAGUCUACUGGACUUAGCGUCUCGUUUCCUUAUCUGAAGGACGGCAAAUCAAGGGAAAAUUAUAGUAGUCUGUGGGGCAGUUGCCCUGUCUGUGAUCAAGAGGAGAUGGAACGAAAAGCCGCAGGCAUGGAAGAGUUUACGCAUAGAAUCGAGCCUGAGAUGGAUGCUCUGCUGGACGACCUUUUCGAUGAAAAUUCGGACUUCAGUACUCUUUUUAUUCCGGGCCAUCACAUUCUCAAAUGUGACAGACUUAAUCCAAUUCGGCAGCUUGAAAAUUCCGAAUCAUCUAACUAUGCCCCUCUGUGUUUUCUUCGUCGCUGGAACUACUUUUGCCUUUCCAACUAUCCUGCCGAACUGUAUGCCUAUACGAACCAUAUUCAUGAUCGUCUUGUUUCACUACGCCAGCGCUGUCGCCUUCCUUCACCAUUGUUCUUGAAUUUACAUCUAAAUCAGUCUCAUGUCCAUAUCGCCGGUAAACCUGACCCAAUUAAAACCGUAUCGUCUUCACCUCUGCCACAAUCUCCUCAUCAUGACUUCAUUGAUACUUCGACCAACAUGGAUGUUAUGCAACCAGCUGAAGUACUUCCUUUCAUUGAAGAGACGGAUUGUACCUAUCCAGAGUCCCUUCUGAAUGGGUCCUCUUCUGCCACCGAGCCAUUAUGUUCAGAAAACUUUCUAUCGAAUCGUUCUCCGGAAACAGGUGACUUUCGAUCACAACCAUCAAUACCUUCAUUUGAUGUGAGUUCUGCCAAGCUAGUCUCAGGCGGUACUAGCUCUUCUGAAGGGCCCACUGAGAUAUUACAAACUGAGACCCAAAUCUCUAGUGAGCGGACACCAGAGAGCAGUGAUUGUUCUGUUUCCGGAGAGGACAGUGUUCUGCGACUCGAUGUAAAUCAGAUCGGCCCGAGUCUUGCACGGGACAGACAAGAGGUUCGUUGUUGUGUAAGCAAGUGGAAGCUCAUUAUCUUAUUUCAUAUGUAG